GGGGCCUCCUGUCCUGUCCUGUCCUGUCCUGUUCUUCUCCGGACUCAGGGUGUUUAACUGCUUGCCUGGCAGAGGGGGACAGUGCCAGUGCUCGGGCGGAGGCGGUGGCCAGCCCAGUGGAUCAUGAGUGGGAGCUGGGCUCGUCACACCGUCUCGCCUUAUCUUUUCUAGCCAGUCCUCUGGGCUUUUGCUGGGCGAUGGCUGUGUUCUUCCUUGACGGCCGCACGCCGUCGGGCUCUCGCUGUUUCGGGGCGGAUUCGUCUCGUUUUGGUCCUUUAUCGGCCUGCCUUCUUGAGCCAGUCGCGCUCUCGCCCGUUCCCUCGUGCGUACGAGGGUCCUCGUGCUAGGCAGCAAUACCAAAUGGAGCGUCUUCAGGCAAUGCAAAACUCAAGAAAAUUCGUCAAAUUAAAAGCAACAGGCAAAACGUCUGUUUGUAUAACGGGGGUCCGCCACGUGGGUGCGGAGCGAGGGGGUUGGCGGAGCCGGUCUGAAGCUGGGGCACUGCGCAGUGAGGGUUGGUUUGAAGCGAGGCAGGGCGGCACCGUAGAGAAGAACCGGCUCGGAGGCAAGGCCGACUCGGACGCAGCAUCCGAUGGACGGGUUGCGGCCUAGGAAAGCUCGUGCUUCUUCACGCUCGGUGGUCAACUCCCAAGGGCGUCGCGUGGCCGAUCAAAAGAAAUGCCGGGAAACGCUUCCUUGUGUGUCGCGGCGCGUCGUGCGCGUGGUAUGUGAGAGCCGUGGUUCGCACCGAUCUCUGCGGUACCGUGCUCGGGAUAAGCGCGGUGGACCCCUCGACGGUUGCUCUUCCACAGCGCUGCUUUUCGUCUUAGAAACAGCAGCCCUUUGACCCUGUGCUUUCUGUCUCUAAGGUGCUGUUUUCUUGGAUAUCGGCAGCACGUUGCCAGAUCUGGCUCUUGAAAUACAAAAGUUCACGGUAACCAGGUUAAGAAAAGUCGCUCCUGGUACACGGGUAUUUGAUCUGAAACGUCGCACAACCAGAAGCCUAGUGCCCCGUUAAGGGCCUUGGCUUAAUGCAAGUUGAGUGGAAAGUGUCAUCUACUGAAUUCUCUAUGCCGUUACAUCUCUCGAUGGCCUGUACUUCUCCGACCUCUCAUCCAAGCACGGCCCUUUUUAGCUGUGAAGCCUGAAUGGAUCACGAGAGCUGUUGAAGCACCGCGAUGCUGCUGGGAAAGCUCGUACAGCCAGCUCGCAGCCUGAAGAAACUGUCAUCCCCGGGCACGUGCAGACACUUCUGGGGAUGGCUGAAUGCAGUCUUUAACAAGGUGGACUAUGAACGUAUACAGGCGGUGGGUCCUGAUAGAGCAGCUUCUGAAUGGCUCCUGCGGUGUGGGGCGCUGGUGCGUUUCCAAGGCUAUGAAAAAUGGCAGCGUGACUACAAUGGUCUCCCAACAGGGCCAUUAGGGAAAUACAAGAUACAAGCCAUUGACGCCACCGAGUCCUGCAUCAUGUGCAGAGGAUUCGACUAUUUGGAUGGUCUUGAACAUGUUGAAGAAAUGAAGCUGUGCAAAUGUAUAUAUAUCCAGGAUGAGUGUCUGCAGAGACUGAGUCAAACUAUGAAUUUACAGAAAAGUCUCCUGAGGCUGGAGAUCAUUUCCUGUGGGAAUGUCACAGACAGAGGCAUCAUAGCCCUCCAGAAGCUAAGGAACCUAGAAUAUUUAUUCUUGAGUGACCUUCCUGCAAUAAGACAGAGAGAAACUACAGUUCAAAUCCUUAAGAAAUCACUGCCGUCACUGGAGGUGAAACUCGAUUUAGAAUAAAAUCAGCUUUGUAUAACUGAAGUACGUUAUUUUGUAUUUAUCAUGAAUUGUAUUGAUUAUGUUGCAGUUGCCACUGUAUUGCAUUUCCUGCUAGAGCCAGCCUUCUCAUUCUGGCCUCUGCAGCUAUUUAAAAAACCUGACUAACUGCAUAAUUAGAUUUCAUUAAAUUUAAUUUAUUCUGUCAGUUAAAUACAACCGAGAAGACGUACGUGGAAUUUUAAGUUCUGGAGUCACUGAACGAGCUAACUUGAAGAAAAAUGAAAACAUACCUGUCUGCUAAAGGAGAAUAUAAAUUUAAAAUCUGUGCUCUCAUGAACAAAUUAGUUAUUUUUAAAUGUGCCACAGGCUUCUAAUUGAAUGCAGAACAUACAUUUGUGCCAUUGCUAAAGAAUUAGACAGUACCAGAAUGAUUUUUGUCACCUCUUAUUUACUACCCGAAUGAGGGCCUUACUUAGUGGGUGUGGGGAAGAUAGCUUGCUGUUUAUUUCUUCACAUGUGGAUAGAUUGCAGGGUGUGUGCUGAACACAAUAGGUUUUUCUCUGCAAAACUUGAUUUUCUGGAGCGUGUUCUUAUGCUGACCGCUGCUUUAGAUCACUGUGGGUUGAAUGACGCCUUCUCCUUACCCUAGAACAAAUUGUCUGCACACCAAAUGACUUAAUUAGUAUCAAAUACUUUGUAUUGCUGCUAACUAAGAAGAUGAUCUAUCUUUA